AUGGGCGCCAUUGUCACCAGUGAUCUCGCUGUUGUCUCUGAUGGCUCUACCAUCUAUGUCUACUACCAGAACGAUGCCAACGAGAUUCGUGAAGUGACAUCCUCCGACGGAUCCAAAUGGACCGAGACUUCCAGCGCUGUCGCUACCAAGCUCAAUGCCGGUGGCUCUCCAAUCACGGCCUACUACGUCAAGAACGACGGUACCGCAGGAUUCAAGUCCUCGAUCCACGUCGUUUACCUUGAUGCCUCUGGGAUCCUGCACGAGGUGGUCAAAACCCCCAUUGACAACACAAAGUGGGAGGAACGUGACCUCUCGGAUGAUAUCAAGAAGGCACCCAUCCAGACCUCUCGUCUUGCCAGUGGAGUUUGUCACGACAGUUCUUCUGGCGCCCACCAGUGGAUCUUCUUCGAGAAACUGGACUCCGAAUCCGGCAAUCCCCAGGUCGCCGAGCUCCGCAGCGGCUCGCAGAGCAGCUUCAAAUGGACCUACCAGGUCAUCCUUCCUGAGAAUUCCGCCAGCGCCCUCCCUGGCACUCAGCUAGCCACCAACCUAACCAAUCCAACCAACCAACUCUACUUCCAAGACCACGACGGUAACAUCACCGAGUACAUCGGUGGCUAUGACAGCUGGAACGACCACAAACAACUCCUGACCAACGACAAAGUCGAGAUCAACACCCCUCUCUCGACCGCUACUUCCUCCAACGAAGACAAGCCGUACAUCUUCUACGUGUCCAAGAGCACCCCGCUCAUGAUCAUGUGCUACGACCACGACAAGUCCACCGAGGUUGCGAAGUUCUAUCCCGGCACGAAGCUGGAUUCUAUUUCUGUCUCGGGCAAAGUGUAUCUGUUCCACAAGCCCCUUGAGCAUCCGGGGAGUGUCUGGACCAGGGUGUUUGAUGGUAGUUCGUGGAAAAUGGGGGCGCAAGUUGUUGCUUAGGUUUGGUUGGGCUGGGCUUGUCUAGGGGAGUUUGGGGCUUUGGUGGUAGGAGUUGAGGUGAGUUGAGUUGGUGGUGAUGCUGGUCGGAGUUG